AUGAGCGUUAAAAAAAUGAGGCCGUCGCAAUCGUUUGCAAAAAUCAUUAAAAUGGCUCGCUUCGUUUCCGGUGUGGUCGGCGCUGAUAUCUCUGAUGAACAUUAUAGGGUCAACAUUAUUACCGUUAUUGUUAUACUGUGCAUCAGCAUUUAUUUCAUCUUCACCGCCACCACUGUGGCUAGCGUAUUUUCGGAAAACUGGAAAUACUUGCUGGAAGCAUCUUGUAUGGUCGGCAGCGUUUUGCAAGGCAUCACCAAACUUAUUUCAGGCAUCGCCUACACCAAAGGACUUUCAGGAGUGCGCGUGGAGUUAGAAGCAUUUUAUCGGGAACACGAAACGAAGGGCGAGGCCUAUUGCAAGGCCUUGGAGGAGUGUUGUGAGCGUGUUUGGCGCGUUAUCAAAAUGGUCGGACAUAUCUAUGCUGCUACCGUAUUUGGAAUUCUAACUUUGACUAUCAUUCUGGUUGUCGCUACCGAACGGCAAGUCUAUGUAAUGCACUUUUUCAUCCCAGGAUUGGAUGUUGACACGCAAUUUGGUUAUUUGGCUACAAUGGCGGUGCAUACAGUGGUUUUUCUAGCUGGCGCUUUUGGACUAUUUGCUGGCGAUUUAUUUUUUCUGAUCUACUUGGGGCAGCCAGAAUUGUUUCGCGACAUUUUAGUGUUGAAAGUUAAGGCCCUAAAUGAGGCUUCUGCCAAAAAUUGCAAAACCACUGAAAGGCUAUUGAUCGAUAUAAUUGAGUGGCAUCAAUACUACACAGAUUACAAUGAGCGUUGCAACGGUAUAUUCUACUAUAUAAUAACUAUGCAAAUCGUUACAUCGGGCAUCUCAAUUAUUUGCACCAUGUAUAUUGUGCUAAUGGGUGAUUGGCCUGGUGCAUACUUGUACAUUUUGGUUGCUUUUUGUGGCCUUUAUCUAUACUGUAUUAUUGGCACGAAAACCGAAACUUGUAACCAUGCAUUUUGUGAGGAACUCUACAACAUAAAUUGGUAUGAUUUGCAGGUGAAACAUCAGAAAAUGCUGGUAUUUGUUUUGAAGAAGUCACAAAAUCCCAGUGAAAUUAAAAUUGGCGGAGUUCUACCACUUUCGGUACAAACUGCACUCUCGAUUACAAAGUCCAUUUAUGGUAUAUUCACUAUGAUGCUGGGAUUUUUGGACGAGGAACAAUGA